GAUUUUCCAAUGGCUCUGCUCAAUGAUCUCAUCAAUCUGAAUCUCACAGAUUCCACCAAGAAGAUCAUUGCUGAAUACAUCUGGAUUGGUGGAUCUGGCAUGGAUCUUCGCAGCAAAGCAAGGACUCUUCCUGGACCAGUAAGUGAUCCCAAGAAGCUUCCAAACUGGAACUACGAUGGUUCGAGCACUGGUCAAGCCCCUGGUGAAGACAGUGAAGUUAUCAUCUACCCUCAAGCUAUUUUCAAGGAUCCGUUCAGGGGUGGGAACAACAUCCUGGUGAUAUGCGAUGCUUAUACUCCUGCCGGUGAGCCAAUUCCGACCAACAAGAGGCAUGCCGCGGCCAAAAUCUUCAGCCACCCUGAAGUCGAGAAGGAAGUCCCAUGGUAUGGACUCGAGCAAGAAUACACCUUGUUGCAGAAGGGUAUCAACUGGCCGUUGGGGUGGCCUCAAGGAGGCUUCCCUGGACCUCAGGGGCCAUACUACUGCGGUAUUGGUGCUGAUAAGGCUUUUGGCCGUGAUAUCGUUGAUGCUCACUACAAAGCUUGUCUAUAUGCCGGCAUCAACAUUAGCGGCAUUAACGGCGAGGUCAUGCCCGGCCAGUGGGAGUUUCAAGUAGGACCUUCGGUUGGCAUCUCUGCAGGUGAUGAGUUGUGGGCUGCUCGUUACAUUCUUGAGAGGAUCACCGAGAUUGCUGGAGUCGUGGUCUCGUUCGACCCCAAGCCUAUUCCGGGCGACUGGAAUGGUGCAGGAGCUCACACCAAUUACAGCACGAAAUCGAUGAGGGAAGAAGGCGGAUACGAGGUGAUUAAGAAGGCAAUUGAGAAGUUGGGUCUGAGACACAAAGAGCACAUUGCAGCCUACGGUGAAGGCAAUGAGCGCCGGCUCACCGGUCGCCAUGAGACGGCUGACAUCAACACGUUCAAAUGGGGGGUUGCGAACCGUGGUGCUUCGAUUCGAGUUGGACGAGACACCGAGAAAGAAGGAAAAGGAUACUUUGAGGACCGUAGGCCGGCUUCAAACAUGGACCCGUAUGUGGUUACUUCGAUGAUUGCCGAGACCACCAUCCUCUUCAACAAAUCGUAAAACACCCGUUGAUCGAUUAUCAAAUCAUGAUUUCUAUUUAGAAUUUGGAAACAAUUCUGUUUUUACUAUUAUUAUUGAAAUCUGUUGUAGUUUUUUUCUUGUUUUCAAUUUUUGGGUACUCAUAGCCUUGGUGAUAUGUCCCAUGGUGUUUGUCGGGAAUAACGUUCAUACAUUUUAAUGUCUAAUAACAUUGUCAAGGAUUGGUUUCAAUCUUUUGUCAACUUAUGUUUGAUUCGGAUUCAUCGA